AUGCCCCUCCUGGACGUCGAUACUUUGGAAGUCCCCGACAAAACAACUAUCAAAUCAUUUACACAGGAAUUUAUGAUUCGACAGGCUCCCUCUUUUACCCAGCAGCACGUCUCGGCUCUCAAGACAUUGGAUACGUGGAAUACUGUGCGGACCCUCACACGUGCAGACAUCAUGAUUCGAGAGCCCGUAUUCGACCGUGUUCUGCACGUUUUCUCAUGGGAAACCCAAUUCAUCCGACAUCUACAUCACAACUACUCCAGACACACUUCCCUUCAUCGGGAUUUCCCCUGGGCCACCGCGAAUCACAUACCACCUUUUCUCCAUUCUAAAGAAGAGGGCGAAAACACACUCCCCAUCUACCACGACCUCUUCGUGAACGUCGGAAGGUUCGCCCAGCAGCGACGACGGGGCCGUCCGAGAAAUCGAGAGUGGAAUGGUGUCUAUUCGAGGGAUCAGGCGUGA